GCGUACGUGCGUCGUCUCUAUGGUGGCGGCGGAUUCGGAGGGGCCGAAGGAACCCGGGGUCAGAAUGUUCCACCGGGAGCGCUCCAUCCCCCUUCGAGGCUCGGCCGCCGCCUUGUGCAAUAACCUCAGCGUGCUGCAGCUGCCGGCCCGCAGCCUCACACAUUUCGGGGUGGUUCAUGGACCAAGCACCCAGCUUCUCAGCGCUGACCCCGAGGGUGUGCCUUUGGCCCAGCGCCAGCUCCAAUCCAAGGAGAGCACUAGAGUGAGCCCCCCACUUAUCACUCAGGUCCACUGGUGUGUCCUCCCUUUCCGAAUACUGCUGGUCCUCACCUCAAAUCUAGGAAUACAGAUGUACGAGUCUGAUGGCUCCUUUAUGGUCUUUUGUCAUGCACUGGACUCUGGAGAUGCCUCUCCAGCACAGGCUGUGUUUGCCCGAGGAAUUGCUGCCAGUGGCCACUUCAUCUGUGUAGGAACAUGGUCAGGACGGGUGCUGGUGUUUGACAUCCCAGCCAAGGGUCCCAAUAUUGUGCUGAGCAAGGAGCUAGCUGGGCACCAGACACCAAUCACAGACAUUGCCAGCGAGCCUGCCCAGGGACAGGAUUGUGUGGCUGACAUGGUGACAGCAGAUGACUCAGGCUUGCUGUGUGUCUGGCGGUCAGGACCAGAAUUCACAUUAUUGACCCGCAUUCCAGGAUUCGGAGUCCCAUGCCCCUCCGUGCAGCUGUGGCAAGGGAUCAUAGCAGCAGGCUACGGGAAUGGGCAACUGCAUCUAUAUGAGGCUGCUACGGGAACUCUGCACGUCCAGAUCAAUGCCCAUGCUCGGGCCAUCUGCGCCCUGGACCUAGCUCCUGAGGUGGGCAAGCUACUCUCUGCAGCUGAGGACACCUUUGUACACAUCUGGAAGCUGAGUAGAAAUCCAGAGAAUGGCUACAUUGAGGUGGAACACUGUCAUGGUGAGUGUGUAACCGACACCCAGGUGUGUGGUGCUCGAUUCUGUGACCUCUCAGGCAGUUCCUUUGCUGUGACUGGCUAUGACCUUGCUGAGAUCCUGAGAUUCAGCAGCAUGUGAGAGAAGAGCGGCCUUCCUUUCUCCCUACAGUAUUUAUAAAGUACCCCCUCCACCCA